GAGGGAAGAGAAACGGGAGAUUGAUUUUGAGAUCGGUGAAGCUGCACAUCACCAAUUUUUUACAUUCUGGCAUCAUAAUAUUUGAAAGAUCUGGACAACGAGAACACCGAUCCGUUUUCCCUUACUUUAAAGAUCUAAAUGAUAAUGAUGUUUUAAAAAGUCUUCCCGGGCACAUCAGGAAUAUUAUUUGAAAGUCAUGCGGUAGGGUGCGAACUAAGAGUGUUCUCCAAACAAACACGACCUUUUUCUCUGUUUCUUGUACUGCUCUUCUCAACCCAGCCAGAAAACCCAGACAAGUUUAUUUACACACACACCCGCACACGCACACACGCACACACACCCCCCAACACGCAGAGAGAGAGAGAGAGAGAGAGAGAGAGAGAGAGAGAGAGAGAGAGAGAGAGAGAGAGAGAGAGGCGGAAACGCCCUCUUUCCAUCCCUUCCAAACAAUUAUCUCGAAGAGCAAAAGAAAAUAAUCAACAGCCCUCGGUGCUGGGCGGCUGAGCCGGAGAGCCGGGCGCGAGGAGGGAGGGCGAUCGGCAGGCGAGCCGGGAAACGUGGCUCCUCGGGCGAGGAGAGGAUUUGUGAAGGGGAGCGCCGGCCCGCGUGCGCCUCUUGUUCCCCGUGUAAUUUGCAGCCAAUCAUCAGUAGGUGUCCACGUCCCUGCGUCCUCCUCACCUCGGCGCCAAUCACCCCCCGCCCCCGCCCCCAGCCUCCACACCUCCUCCCUCGCCUUUCUCUCCCGCUCCCCUCCCCCAGCAACCACACACGCACACACACAAACAGAGGUGGGGGGGGGGAGAGGAGAGAGAGAGGGAGAGAGGGGAGAGAGAGAGCGAGAGAGAGAGAGAGGGAGAGAGAGAGAAGAGACGAGAGAGAGAGAAAGAGAGGAGAGAGAGAGAGAAGAGGAGAGAGAGAGAGAGAGAAGAGACAGACGAGAGAGAGAGAGGAGAGGGAGAGGAGGGGGGGCAGAGAGAGAGAGGAGAGACUCCCCGGCUCCCUCCCUCCCUCGCACACAGCGACUGGAGACGGACGGAGAGCAACGCGCUGGGAGAGGAGAGACCACCGAGAACAGCCCCGCGCUCUCACACAUACACUCACACUCGGCUCUUUCCUCUCCCCCCCCCCACCUCCUCCUCCUUCCACCCCCACCACUAACACCAUCUCCUCCUCCUUCUCUCUGCAACAAGAAAAAAAAAAGCCAUUUACAGGGGGUGAUGUGCAACUAAUUAAAGGCAGACUGGCAGCGUCUGCAAAUUCUAAGGCUCCCCAAAUAAAAAGAGACUGUUGUAACAGUUGGAGGAUAAUGCAAAGGAAGACGCUGCCUGGGAAUUCACCGUCUGUGGAAAUGCGCCCCAGAGAGGAAUAAAGCAGUCCUCACCUUGCUCUCCCCACCCGGACCCACUUUCCCCUCCCGCCUCGGCCCCCACCCCAACACCACCAUCACCCCCUUCCCUCCCCCCCACCUUCCCCCCUUUCCCGCCCAGGUGUCGGACCAGACGGUCCCCACUUCCACCCUGCACCCCUUCUUCCCCCCCUGCACCAUGAACACCAAUGUCUGCGUGGAGCCUGGGCCAAGCCCGGAGGCCCCGGGCUUGCCCAAGGAAAGCCACCUGCCCGAGGGGGCCUUGAACAGCCUUGUGGAUUACAACUCGGAGAUGGAGCGCUACCGCUCCUUUGCCACCUCCUUCUACAAGACCAACGGGGGCGCCUUCCCGCAGGCGGCCAAGAUCGCGCGCAUCACCACCCCCAUCUUCCCCAGCAGCGCCGCCGCCGCCGCGGCCGCCGCGCGCAUCGGCAUGUCCCCCUGGAACUGCGACAACGCGGCCACCGCCGCCGCCGCCACCGCCAUGCUCUGGGGCAGCGGCGGGGGCGGGGGCGGCGGCGGGAGCGGCGGCGGCGGCGGCGGUGGCGGGGGCGGUGGGGGCGGCAGGAAAUCCUCCUCCGCCGCCGCCUCCUCCUCCGCCUCCUCCUCGGCGAUCCUCCCCGCCGGCGGUGGCGGCGGCGGCGGUGGUGGUGGUGGCGGCGGCGGCGGCGGCGGCGGUGGCGGCGGCAGCAGGACCAGCAUGCACCACCGAAACGACUCCCAGAGGCUGGGGAAAGCUGGCUGCCCGCCAGAGCCGUCGUUGCAAAUGGCAAAUACUAAUUUCCUCUCCACCUUAUCCCCUGAACACUGCAGACCUUUGGCGGGGGAAUGCAUGAACAAGCUCAAAUGCGGCGCUGCUGAAGCAGAGAUAAUGAAUCUCCCCGAGCGCGUGGGGACUUUUUCCGCUAUCCCGGCUUUAGGGGGCAUCUCAUUACCUCCAGGGGUCAUCGUCAUGACAGCCCUUCACUCCCCCGCAGCAGCCUCAGCAGCCGUCACAGACAGUGCGUUUCAAAUUGCCAAUCUGGCAGACUGCCCGCAGAAUCAUUCCUCCUCCUCCUCGUCCUCCUCAGGGGGAGCUGGCGGAGCCAACCCGGCCAAGAAGAAGAGGAAAAGGUGUGGGGUCUGCGUGCCCUGCAAGAGGCUCAUCAACUGUGGCGUCUGCAGCAGUUGCAGGAACCGCAAAACGGGACACCAGAUCUGCAAAUUUAGAAAAUGUGAAGAGCUAAAGAAAAAACCUGGCACUUCGCUAGAGAGAACACCUGUUCCCAGCGCUGAAGCUUUCCGAUGGUUCUUUUAAGGCAGUAGUAUCUCUUAUUUUCAAGGCAUUUGGAAGUGAAGGGCAAACUAAUGUCUUGUUUUAAGAAACUGCUUAGUCCACCACUGAAGAAAAUAUCCAGAUAUUAUUUUCAUUUUAUGUAUAGGGGUUUCUUCAAAAAAAAAAUAAUAAUAAAGGAAAAGAAAAGAAAAGAAAAAAGACAUAUAAAAAUAAUCCGGGAGCUCGGGGAAUCGGCCAGUCUAUUUACUUUCAAUACACUGAUUCUUUCUUUGAUGUAAUUUAGCUAUCCUAGUGAAGUUGUUGUCUAUUUUGAAGGUGGCUGUAAAAAAAUAAGUUUGGGUAAACCCCUGCUGUAAAAUCAUGUAUCUUUGCAAAGUACAUAUCUAUACUUCAUUUUCAAAUAUAUGUGUUUCAGUACUGUAAACUGUACAGAUAGCAGCUUGUAUUUUGUGUGUUUAGACACAAGGAGACAAUCACGUCUGAGCAUCUAUGGAGAUUAACAGUUUGUACACAACACUAUGGUUCUGCGAGUUAAAUCUGGAGCAAUAAAUUUUAGCUUUAAAUAUUUUUUUGACAGUUGUUUCUAGAAGCAGCAACAGCAGUGGCACUUGUCGCCACGCAUCUUUCCGUAGAGACUUGACGCCGAGUUUUACAAGACUAAAAGAUGAGGAUGCAUCCAGCGGUUACCUUCAGUUGUAUUGUGCGAAGAGGGGAAGAUGUUAUGAAAGUUUCAAUUAAUCUUUUGAGCACUAUAUUAGAGUAGUGGUUAUGCACUUGCAUUGCUUACAAACGAGCUGUACAGAAGGGUGUACCUCCCAAAUCCUUAGUGUAGUUGACUUGUCUUGGGUUGCACUGUUAAGGCGGAGUACUCGGAGUAGUUGGAACAUGCAGAACAGUUGUAUAAUUUUUUUUUCUUUUAAGCAGUGUUUUCUAGGAUACAGAAUAAAGUAUCAUAUCUUAGGAGAGAAAUUCAUGACUGAUUUUUUUUUUCCCAGCCCAACAUGGGUUAUAUGUAUUUUUUGUUUGUUUAUUUUUUGCUUUUUUUGUGUUUUGGAAGAAAAAAGUAAAAACUUACUAAAAUGUCUCCAAAUGCCUUUUAAUUCCAUGUAUGAUAUUAAAUGGGUAGUUUGGUUUUCAACUUUGAAUACCUAAAGGCCUCCAGCAUUGAGACGAGGCUAGGUACAUUUUUAAGUCAAAAAGAAUUCAAGGCAUUCAUGAAAGUGAGGCUUUUAAAUCUCUUUUUUAUUUUCCUUCCUCAGAGCCUCCCAGUUGGAACAGUGGCUUUCCUCUAGGCCCUCGGUGGAAUGUUCCAUUGCUCUGAUUCCCAUACUUGUCACUGGACGCUUUCAUUCCUGAGAAGGCGGGCAGGGCCACAGUCUGCGGAUUCCAUAAACGCACACAGCUCCCAGACAAAAGGAGCUAAUGCUUCAUGGGACCUGUGCUACCUUUUCAUGUGGUGUUUGGUUUUCCCCUGGCAGUCAGGGUUCUUCAGGCUGUGCCAUUAGGACAAAUAUUUGUGAUGACACGACACCUAAGAAUUUUCUUUCUUUCUUUCUUUGUUUUUUUCUUUUGGCCAGAUGUAUAAAGGAGAUUUUCAGCUUCAGGAAUAAAACAGAGUUGAGCAAAAACACAGAGAGUAUCGAAGUUGCCAUGUGACUGUAACUUUUUGUUCUUGAUCCGCUAGCCAGCUCUUUUAGCCUGAGACAUCCGUUAGCCUGCUGAAAAGUGUUAGCAAAAUGGAUCAUUGGAAGAAAAAUAACUUGAGGAGAGAAAGGGUGAUAAGAAGGACUGUAAAGUUUUAGGAAGACUAGCAGAUGAAUACUUUUAAAAGGCUAGUUGUAGUUUUGAAUGGAAAAUAAUAUGACAGGAGAUUUUGUUCAUCGCAGAAGGAGCGAGCACUGCAUUCGAGUGCUGGCGGGAGGGGUGGAAAAGAUACUCACAAAUGCCAACGUGGGAAACAGUUGUGACUUAACUUGCCUAGAGGUUGAAUGCUCGGUCUACAGUUACUGUCAAAUAGCCUUUUUGAGGAAAUUUCAUAAUGUAUGACACUUAUCCAUGUUUAGAGGAGAGAAUUAUGUGAUCACACAUUAAAACGUGCUGUAUAUUAAUUUUGAGGUAGCUUUCUACUUGAUGUAUAUUCCUUUGAGGGUUUCUAGUUAGAAUUUCUAUUUCUGCUGUGGGACCAAUGAGAGCUAUAUGAGUUCUUUCUUGUUCCAUUUUUUCUUAUUUUACUUAAUUUCUUUAACCAACUUGCUAAUUAUUUACAAGUAAGUGAAAACUUACUUUACACUUGAAUGGUAAGCUUGCCUUGCUUUUUGGAAAAUGAUGAUUGUUAUUACAGAAUUGAAACAAACUUUUAUUCGGGCUGCAUUAGGCAUACGGUGACGUAUAAAGAUCUCAUAGCAAUGGACUGAGAGUCUAAAAUACAUGCUAGUAUUGCAUGUCUUGAUGUGUUUUUGUUUGUUUUCAUAAAGAAUCGAUGAAUCUGUAUAUUGUAAAAUGUGAUGUUUUACAUGUCAAUUCAGUUUUUUUUCCAUGAAAGAAAAUCUGUUGAUGAUUGAAAUGGGAAAGUGCAGCUUCUCUUUAAUUUUCUUACGUGUCUUUAUUCUUGGUAUGGUUCUUUCACACUGCCCAUUUUUUAUGUUUUUGGUAAAAUUCUAUUUAUAUAAUGUAGGGUGCACAUAAAGUUCUCGUUGGUGAUGUUCGAGAAAGAUACUGCUCUUCCGGCCUCCCCCCCAACUUCUCUUUCCUGUAAGUCCAUAUACUGAGAACUUGUAGAGCGUAUCAUUCUAGCCCUGGUAGGAUGACUUCAAGAUUUACACUUUUCAGGAUCCUAAAAUACCAAUGAAAUGUAACUUUAAAAAAAUUCCUCACUGUAUGUUUCAUAGUCAGUAUCAGGAAAAUUCAAAAUAGAGCAAUCCAAAUAUAGACCAUGUGGACCACCUGUACAACUUAAAAAUUACAUGUCAGAUAAGACAAAUAAACAACUUUGUAAGAGGGGUCUACACACACAGGAGUCUUGCCUUCUCUAGGUGUGCAUGAGGAGAUACCAUAUUCUGUCAGGAUUUGGGGAGAGCUUGGAAAGUACUUAGGGUGCUGGCACAUAGUGCAGUGAAUCUGUUCUUUGCCAGCUGUCCCUCAGCACCCUGACAUCACCCUAACGUCAUAGUGCAGAGCUGGCUCUUUCCAGGCCUUCAGACCGGAGUGGCUUUCUGAUGGAGUCUGCCUGUCUAUGCACAAGUAGACAUUUAUUUCCAAAUUAGAAAUCUGUCCAUCCUUGGGAGAGAAAGCAGUAAUAGUCUUCCACCGGUGUAAGAACAUAUAAAAGUGUCUCCUGGCUGCUUAAUUCCUAACAUCCAACUUUCUUCUUCUGAACACGUUUAUCAGGAGCAAGAGAUGGGAGGCUUCCUAUGAAUUCAUAUUAAGCAAUCACUAAAAGAAAGGAAUAUUCCCUUCCUUUCAUUUAGAACCCCUGGCAUGAAGGUCGUACAAUUAAUACUAAAGCACAGAAAGUCUUUAAGCUGAUAGUAUCUGUAAUCACAUAAUGAAAAGAGGAAAGCAGUUCAAUGCACACACUAUUCAGGGUCAAAUAUGUUCAGCAAAAAGCCCUAGUGGGUCUUUGAUCAUGGCUAGAUUCACAGUGAUAUCAAACAGUUGGUUCUCAUGUAACAGCUAAAUGUUUCAGAUUUUGUUUUUAUUAAAUUUGGCAGUUUCACACUGAGAUCUGUAUUCCUAGUGAAUAAAAGACAGCUACUAUGUUAGGCGGGAUUCCAUUUUCACAAUUGCAAGGAAGUUAGAGAUAUUUCAGGAACAUGGGCCACAAAAUGUACUCCUUUCACAGUGUUCUCCUAUUCUGAACUGUGCAGUUAUCUAUUAAAUUUUCUAAUAGAUAUUUGUGUAAGGUGUAUGUAUGCUUGUGCAAUUAUUAAAAAAGCAGUUUUGGAAAACAGUGUAUUUAUUAAAGAAAAUUACUUAUGGGGCAUGUACAAAACUGUAAAAAAAAAAAAAAAAAAACCUUAAAAAAAAAAACACAUUCAAUUUGCCCAGUAAAGUUGUUUUUGUGAAAUUUCUGUGUUGUUGAAUAAAGGACUUUAGUAUUCAAAAUAUCUCUAUUUUUCCAUGAACAAAUUUCUAUUUGUGGGAUUUGAAGUAAUCAGCAUAUGAUCCUAAAAAUCUCAUUUUGUUUGUGAUAAAACAUCGUUUUUCA